AUGGAGAUCGAAAAAUGCUAUGAGCACUCAUGCGGCGAAAGAAAAAAGCCAAACAACCAUGGAAGCACCACUAGGAAGAAUGGAAAAAUAUAUCCACCCGAUCGGGAAGAAAUAGGAAGAGCGUCGUGGCUAGUCCUGCAUACCAUGUCAGCAAACUACCCAACCAACCCAACGGAGGAAGACAAGAAAAAGCAUUUCCAUUUUUUCGACGCCUUUGCCAAUUUAUAUCCUUGCUAUAUUUGUAAGCUGGACCUUUUGGAGCACUUAAAAAGUUACAAAAUGAAUUGCGACGGUAGGACCGAGAUGACAACCUUUAUGUUUAAUCUUCACAACAGAGUGAAUGAAGAUAUCGGGAAGCCUCUCUUUCCCUGUGGAGACAUCCAGGAGAUCAUUGAUAUGUACAGGACGGCCGACUGA